UUCGAAUAUGUGAAUACUCUGGCUGUAUUCGAAUACUAUUCGAUUCUCCCAUCACUAGUUGGGAUUAGCGAAAUCUGAAAAGGGAUCAGAUCAAAGGUUGAGAGUGUAGGAUAUCUCAGGGCUACCUUUUUCGGAUAUUUGUGGAACAAUUUUUUCUACUUGAAUAUCAAGAUGGGCGUUGUAGCAUGGGCAGUUGUAGCAGGAGUUGGCACCGUAGUGCUAACUGUGCCAAUACUAGCACCGGCAGUGCUACCCGCUCUAGGAUUCGGCACUGCGGGUGUAGGAGCAGGCACUGUGGCAGCCAGUGCACAGUCAUAUGUCGGAAAUGUUGCUGCUGGUGCGGUGUUUGCUAAACUUCAAGCAUUGGCAAUGGCUGCUCCCACUCCGUGAAGGAGACUUAAAGAAUGAUAAUUUAUCCUGACUAAUAAGUUUACUAUCUUUACUAAGCCACAUUUUUAAGAACUUAGUCAGGGUUUACUUAUGAACAUUGAUUUGGUUUACUGACAUCAACAUAUUUUAACAUGUAACCUAAAUUGGAAUAGACUUUAUCAUGUUUUAAAUAAAUGCUUUUGAAAUUAUA